AUGGCUGCAAGGAAAGGCCAAGACAAUAAACAGCUUACCAAGAGGGACAGAGAAAAGAAACAAGAAGGCAAGACUGAUAGGAGGCUCUCCUUUUCAGCUCCACUGCUAACCCAGAAACAAGAAAUAGACCAUCAGAAUGCCUCGGGCUCCUCAUCUCAAUCACUUAAAGAAUCCGAUAAUUUGUCGCCAAAGAGUCUACCAAAAAGAAAAUUGUCAUCUAAAGAAUAUAGUUCUGAAGAAUUACAUAGUUACCUUGAGGCCUGCUUUGAACGCCAAUUAGACAAGAUUAAAAAUGGGAUCCAUGAAGGUCUUAUGGAAUUCAAGGUGGAGCUAUUACAGCUGGAAAAAAAAUUUAAGCUAAAUGAAGAAAAAUUAGAAGCUCUGGAAUUCCAGCAAGUUUCUGCAGAAGAUAAUAUGAAAAAAGCAAAUAAAAAAAUAGCUGAAUUGGAACUCAAAAUUGCAGAUCUUGAAGACAGGUCUCGGCGUAAUAAGAAUUUGUGGUAUCCCAGAAUCUAUUCAUAA